GAUAACUCCAAGCUGCCUCUUAAAGUUUUCAACUACUGCUCUCUCUUCUUUUUUACCCUCUUUCUUCUCCUUGAUUUUACUUGAAUAUCAAGUGAAUGAAUGCAUGGCAUCUCCUAAAAUGGGAAUCCUAGUGUUUUUAAGACUUUUUAUUUGCAUUGCAGUAAUGGCAUUAGGUGCAUUACACUCAGCUGAGUCAAUACUUCUCAUCCAUAUUCAUGGGGCUCCUCCAAAACAUUCAAGGUUUACUAAUGCUGCUUUUCGGUACUCGGUACAAAGGCCAGAUGGUACCGAUGCUUGUAACAAUGUUGGGUGUUCAAUUUCUUGUAAGAUUGAUGGCCAUAUUUUGAGAUCAUGCCCAGCUAAUGCCAUAGAGUUGAAAAACUUAACUGCAAAUCAGGAACACAAUUUUCUUCUCAAUGUCACAACUCAUGAUGGAGAGAAAAACACAUCAUCUUAUUCCUGGUUUAUUGACACAGUUCCACCGACUGCAACAAUAUCUAGUGAUCAGAACUACACAGAUGCUCAAAAAGUAACCAUUGAUGUUACAUUCAGUGAAGUUUGUACCGGAAUGAGAGGCUUCAAAUGUAUUAACUCGUCAAAUUGUGAUGUCCUCUUAGAUGGUCCAGCUUACGUUGAAGCUUCUUCAUUACACGUGAUUGAACCUAACAUUAAAUUCAGACUAGACAUAAUUGUUUCUAUGAAAAGUAUUUACGGGCGAGUAGUAGUUAGAGUGGCAGAUAACUUUUGUACAGACAAGGCCGGAAACAGUUUUAAGAGGAGUAAUGAUUCCAUUAUGGUUCUUCACUUUGAUAGAAGACCAGUAUUAGUGGAUUUGUGGAUGCCAGUUCCAUCAUAUGUGAUGGAGAUCAGUGGGUUCCCAAGAACUGUUCUAGCAACUAACAAAAUGGAGGACCUAAAAAUAUUCUUGGAUUUUAGCAUUCCCAUUAUGAAUUCAACAGAAGAACUCCUUAAUGCCUUGCGGGUGAAUUCGGGUAAUAUAUUACCUGUUUUUAGUGCAAAUCAUGGCAAUCGCAAAUUUGUUUAUCAACUCAACAAUAUAUCGAAGACUGAAAUUAUCACAGUUCAACUAGAUGCUGGAUUAGUAAUUGGCAAGACAGGCACUCCUGUCUCACCUGUGGGAGCACUCACAGUACUAUUUGAUUCAACGAAGCCUGAGGUAGGGCUAAGUACCAGCUCACUGAAUGCGACGAAGGCAUCCAACAUCAAUGUGAUUGUUGAGUUUACAAAGCCAGUUUUUGGGUUUGAGGCUUCCAUGGUAAAAGUAGAAGGGGGGAAACUUACAAGGUUUCGCGAGCUUUCAGGAGCUCUUUAUUCAUUCACUGUCCUUGCCAUAACUCCAAACAUGGUCUUCAUCGUUAUUCCUGAAGGAAAAGUAAAUGACAUUUCAGGAAAUCUAAAUUUGGCUUCUAACCAACUUGAAGUUAAACAUUACUCAACCCCUGCAAUAUCAAUGGCACUACACUCCUUCAUUACUGCUGGAGUAUUAGCUACAUCACUGGCAGCUGCUGCACUGUCCCUUGCUUCAGCAAAUCUUGGAGCAAUAGGCGCUCUUGCCCCAGGUAAUACCAACAAUGUCGCUCCAAACCCGUCAAUGAAUCUACAUGGACUGUAUGGGCAUCUUCAAGUGUUUGUCCUCUCGGAUUGGUUCUCAGCUAACCAUCCAAUUGAAUAUUCAGAGACAACAAAAGGUUUGAGAUGGAUCAUACCCCGUCAAAAGCUUCCAUGGAAAAAGAAUGGCAGUCCAACCUGGCCUAACCAUGUUUAUUUGGCUGACAAAAAUUUCUACAGAUUACCCCUUGGAUUUCCCUAUCAUAUAAGAGAUGACACUUCAUUUAAUCUAGAUUUAACUUAUUCUUUCGAUUUGCAAGAUCAACGACCCUUUCUUGCUGUAAUAGACCCAAACUUUGCUUGGCUUCAUGAACAUAAUAUAAGCAUGAAAAGUGCGCCAUACGGACUACCGCUUAAUUCCAGAGAGUAUUUCACUAAUUUUUUGGUUGGUAUCUGUUAUCUAGCAUCCAUAGUUAAGUUAUUAACUAUAAUCUGUAAGAUAUUAUUAGAGCUAUAUUUACAUGUCCUGCAGAGAGGAGAGCCGCUGUCUGCUAGCAAUGUUGUGAAGAGAAUGGCAAAUUACAAAGGGUGGGAAGACUUGGAGAUGAACUUGUUCUUUCUUGGAGUAGGAGGCGGCAGUUUGUUUAUGAUUCAUAUUCUAAUUUUGCUUUUCCUAAGAUGGAGAAUUGGAGCAUCAUCAGCUCAUGGGAUACUUUCAUUUCCUAGGUUUGAGCUUCUUCUUCUGAUUCUCGCAUUACCUUGCGUCUCUCAGGCAUCAGCAUUUGUUAUGAGAGGCGGUACAGUUGGAGGAAUCAUCACUGGUGCUUUGUUGCUGGUUAUUCCAGCAGCACUUAUUUUCUCAGUUAGCAUUUUUCUUUUAAUUGCUGUCUUCCCAGGCAGUUUUGCUCAGUAUAAGGAAAUGAGGCAUGUGGAUAUAACAGAAUCAUGGUAUACAAAGCUAUGGCUCUUCUUCAUUGGUAGGCCAGUAUUUGGAAAAUGGUUUUUUGGGGAAGGACUGCCUUCCUCUUUUCUUCCACGCUUUGGAAUCCUAUUUGAGGAUCGAAAAGGUCCUCCAUUAUAUGUCUUUGUCGAUCAAAAUGACCCUAGCACCAGACUGAAAUGGACUGGAAGUGGCCAAACUGGGAUAGGCAGAAUGAGGGCUCUAAGCUCAGAUGAAAGCAAUGAAGAAAUCAAAACACCCUUAGCAAGGAGAAUAUUAGGGUGUGUUAGAUCAUCCUACAUUAUUCUUGAUCUUCUAAGAAGAGUCAGCUUGGGUAUCAUAUCUGGAGCUCGAUCUUCUCAAACAUCAAGGAAAAGCCAUUUUGCACUGGUGAUCACAUUAUUACAGUUCAUAUUCCUGUUUCUUCUCAAACCAUAUAUCAGAAGGGGAGUUCAGGUGGUAGAAAGUAUUUCUCUAUUGUGUGAGGUAGGCAUUUUUGGUUUGUCCAUCGCUUCUAAUCAUUUGAAUCCCUUAGAAGCAAGGAAUCCGGGAUAUAUAAUGUUGGCUCUCCUCUUCCUAACCUUCAUUGCUCAAAUUAUAAAUGAGUGGUAUGCACUGAUAAAAUGCAUUUUAGGACUCUCUAGGCCUAAGAGGAAUUCUUUCAGGCUUGGAUUGAAGUUUGCUGCUAAAGGUCUUGUAUUGCCUUUCCUUCCAAGGAAGCAUUGGUCAGGAGUUAUACCUAAUUCUUCCCAAAUGAAAACAGGCUUAUCCACCAUCCUGCCUCCAGAAACAGAAUUCGUAACAAGAGAUGCAACAAUAGAAAAUGUAGAACCUUAUAGGGCCAUGACAGCCACAGUUGUUCCUGUGCUAAGCCCUGGUUCACCAUCAGACCUGGAUGUUACUCUGAGAACAAGUUCCACUCCUGCAGAAGCAACACUUACUGAGCAGAGAGCAGGAAAAGGGAAAACAUCGAAAUGUGAACGAAAGAACGAGCUGAAGAAGCUGAGGGAGCUAGCAAAAGCUAGUUUUGCAGGCGUUUCGAAGAGCGAUGAAGGUAGAAGUGCAAGCUAUAAAUUUAAAGAGCAAAAUUUCUCUCCUAAAACGUCAUGUCAUCCUCAAGCCUCCACUUCUAAAACCAGAGACUAAUGUAUAAUUGUAGAGGAUGAGUAAGGACAUAUAUGUAUACUAUUUCAUCUUAUUGUAAGCAUCAUCCUGUUCAUUAA